AUGUCUGCCAGCAAGCUUACUGUCUGGUACCAGGAGUCUCGUGCCUCGGAAGUAGCAGCAGUAGUUGCAGAAAGCCUCCUCCCGCAAGAACUUGGGGCUCGGGAGCACGCCAGAAGCCGGCGGAAUCGCCCCCUCUCGGCACUGACCCCGGAGGUGUCAGUCACAGCAACUACCGCCCCCGGCGCGGCUCUCCAUUCAUGCCUUAAACGCCACUCCCGCCGCAGAGGGUGUCGGCGCCCGCGCACCGCUUCCAGAGCCUGGAGGGGGCCCUGCGCGCCCCCAGCCCCAGCCUUGCCCCAGCCGGGGCCGCGCCGGGGAGCGCGUGGAGAGAGCAGGGAGCCGCGCGUCGGCGGGCAGCAUGGGCCAGACACGUUGCCGCGCUCCGGCCCGCCCGCCCGCAGCCCGGGAGCCAGGGGCCCGGCAAAUCGCGCCCCUUCUGCGCCGGCCGGGCCGGGCCAGGCGCGCGAGCAGCCCUCCCCACCCGCGCCGCCUCCGCCGCCCGGGCCCCCGGCGCGCCGAGCCCAGGGCGCCCCCCGGCCGGCCGCGGCGCGCGGCGAGACCGUUACCCCAGAGGCAUGGGGGCCCCGGCAACUCACCGGCUCGCACCUCGGCCGCCUCCGCGACGCCGCCGCUCCCCUGCGCCCGCCGCCGCUGCUCUCCCUCAGCCGCAGGCGCCGCCGAGCAGCCCCAUCUACAAACUCGGGGCUCGUAGUUGGGAAUUGGAAAUGCGGCUCUCACUCCUCUCCGCCUCCCCUCCCUCCGCCCCCUCCCUCGCUCCCCACUCCGCCCCGGCUACGGUCGCCGGCGCCGGCGCCACCACCGCCACCACCGCGCGCUCGGCCAACCUCCCCUCAGCCGCCCUCCUCCCCCUGCUCCUCUCGCCGCCGUAGCUGCCGCCGCCGCCGGGGCGCGCUCCUCCUCGGCCUCGCGCGUGCGCCGGACGCCGGGGAGCGCGCGCUCGGGCGCGAGGAGGCGUCGCCGCCUCCGGGAAGCCGGGCUCCGCCCCUCCGGCCGCGGCGAGGCGGCCAGGUGGAGCCCCCCUCCGAGCGCCGGCAGACAGCGCCCGCGGCGUCGGGGCCUGACGGCGCCGCCUGCGCCCGGCCUCCUCUCCCGGGUCUCCUGGCCCCCUCCCGGAACCGCGCCCGCAAGAGGGUCGGUCAGAUCCAAUCCGCGCUGUUCUUCCGGGCCGAAAUCGCCGCUGUCAUUCAGCAUUUACUAACAGGCAAGUUUCAGCCUCUUUUUCUUUGGGGAAAUGUUUCUUCCACUACUCAUUGCAUUAAAUUCUGGCUGCUAAUCAUGGUAUCCUCCUCAUCCUUUCAAGUCAUAGGAGUGGCCAUGUGACACAUGGCCAAUCAGAGGACUCCAUUCCCUCAGCCACAGUGACUGGUGCAAGAGAAGUAUGUGCUGAGCACUGUGCUGGAGUUAAAGAUCCACUAAAGAGCCCAAUCCCUGCUCUCAGAGAAUGUCCAACUAAGUGAGGAAGAAAGACAUUUUAGAAGUUACCGUGAAGAGAAAUUGCUAGAUGCUGUGGGAACCGCCAACCUAUAGAAGCAAAAGUAUCUUAUGAGAAUGUCUUUAGCUACAGAAGUCUCCAGUGGUACAAAUUCACACAAUACCAGAAUAUGGAAGCCUAUGUGGGUUUUGGGACCAGAGUUCAUGCAGAGUGAGAUCUCCAGAACAGCAGCAUUAGCAUCACCAGGAACUCCAGAGAAAUGCACUUUCUUAGCCCUACCCUGGGCUUAUGGACUCAGGAACUGUGUGGAUAAGGCCUAGCAAUAAGUGGUUUAAUAAGCUUUCCAGGUGACUCAGACGCACUGCCAAGUUUUAGGUGGUUCUUUUGUGCACUUGUAUAUAAUUCAGCCCUGUUAAAAUGAGGGGGGGGGUCAGCACUCUCUUUUCAUGUGUGUGUUUGUGCCUCAAUAUACUAAUUCAUGAAUUUAAUGGGACUUUUAUUGAAUCUUUAAAAUAUAUUUAGUCAUACAUCCAGUCUACUUUCCUUAAGUGAUUUUCUCAGGUGGCAAAAUAAAAAGAACACUUUGAAAUUUC